AGACAAAACCUGUUUUAGCUUUUAAGGUUGUCAUGAAAAAAAAAAUAAAAAGCAGAAAAAUAAAGACAAAAUAAAUUUAAAGUGCUGAGAGGUUGACUCCACCGUUUGUCAUUAUUCUCAUUAACGUCUAUAAAAAAACUGUGUUGUUGUUGUUGUUAUUUUCCUGUAGAAACCAGACGCACUUCUACGCGCGUCUCCAACCCCCCGCAGGCAGCGCGCAUUUUACGCACGCUUUUUACGCACGCUGGAUAUUUGACUCCUCGGUUCUCCGCGCAGUGUCCAAACCCCCUGAGUUCUCCUGCAGAACGGAGAGGGGUGUGUGUGUCCCUAAAGCCGGGCUCUUCAGUGGGGGGGCUGCUUGUUUCUGGUCGGAACACGAACUGACAGACUCCCACUGAUGGAUUUAGCGGGCUUUGCUCAGAGCGCCUCUCUUAGUUAAAAGUACUGGAGAGUUUUCUUCUAAAASAAGGUUUACUUGAAAAAAAACUUUUUAUUUUGUAUUCCUUUUGAAUACCUCCAUCAGGGAUCAUUUGAACAGGGAGGAUGUCUUUGUCUUACCUCUACGCGCUGUGCAUGUGGAUGAGUUUAGUGUUUCCCUCGCUCGGAACCGGGUUUGUUUAUCACUUUCCAAGCAUCAGUCUGCAGCCGCAGAGCAGCAACACAGGUCCGCCUGGGUCAGGGUCCAGGAACCAGCUGAGGAACUGGUGUCAGUACACGGUCCCCAGGACGGUACUCUGUAAAGUCCACAAUGGAACAGAGACCUCGGUGCAGAGAGUGUUGGGCUGCCGGUGGCCCGGACCAUGUGCCAAAGUCAUCAGCUACAGGUCUGUUAUCAAGCCGCUGUUCAGGAUUACCUACAAGCAGGUCACCUCGCUGGAGUGGAGAUGCUGCCCUGGAUUUGUGGGAGACGAAUGUCGUGAAG